AUGGUUGACAAACCCAAUGGUGAAGCUGAAGGAGCAUUGGAAAUAAAACUUAAGGAGUUGCCUUCCAACGUUAACGUGGGCCCUAUCAACAACCAUCCAACCCAACAGGAGUUUCAAGUGCUCAAGCAGGAGAUACUCUAUUACGAGGAUAUCCUCCUACGCACGCUGUGUUUUGAUCUGGCCUGUCAAGUUCAUCCACGAGUCCCACACUUGGGCCCAGCCUUCGAAAUCGUCGAUUGCAGUCAAAAUGGCCGAUCGGGCCAAAGCCAAGUCGAUCACCAGGCCGCCUGGGGGUUUAUCAAUGAUUCCUUGAUGUCCCCGCUGUGUCUCGUCGCCAAACCCGAGCUCAUUGCUGCCUCAGCCUUCCUCCUCGCCAUCUCCCAUCAUCUCUCCAAAUCUCCGCCCUCAUAUCCGGACCAAGAGGGGAAUCAUCGAGAGCCACAUAACAUCGAAAAAAAUCCGGUCGACUUCCAUUGCUUCCUCAACCAUCCCCCUCGCGACGGACCCGAAGAGGGGUUGAUCCAAUAA